CACGAGCUCCAUACACACAUUGGCGUUUUAGACAGAAUCGAGCAACAUGGCUGCAGUGUGUGCUGCCUCCCGUGUCCUCGGCAAAAAGAUUGUGUCAUCUAAAGCUCUGCCAGCCGUGUGCCAGGCGAGCAACCGCAAAUUGCAUUUCUCCAUCUAUGGAAAAAAGGGGGAUGCAAAAGUCUCAGAUGGUAUCUCCACUCAGUAUCCAGUGGUAGACCAUGAGUUUGAUGCUGUCGUGGUGGGAGCCGGUGGCGCAGGGCUUCGUGCCGCUUUCGGUCUGUCGGAGGCCGGCUUCAACACAGCCUGUGUCACCAAACUCUUCCCCACUCGCUCACACACAGUGGCCGCACAGGGUGGGAUUAAUGCUGCAUUAGGAAACAUGGAGGACGACGACUGGCGUUGGCACUUUUAUGACACAGUGAAAGGAUCUGAUUGGCUGGGAGACCAGGAUGCCAUUCAUUACAUGACUGAGCAGGCCCCUGCUGCAGUGGUGGAGCUGGAAAACUUCGGUAUGCCAUUCAGCCGUACCGAGGACGGGAAGAUCUAUCAGCGUGCCUUCGGAGGUCAGAGUCUGAAGUUUGGUAAAGGAGGUCAGGCUCACAGAUGCUGUUGCGUGGCAGACAGGACGGGUCACUCCCUUCUUCACACACUCUAUGGACGGUCUCUGAGGUAUGAUACCAGUUACUUUGUCGAGUAUUUUGCCCUGGAUCUGCUGAUGGAGGAUGGAGAGUGUAAGGGAGUCAUUGCACUAUGCAUGGAGGACGGAUCCAUCCACCGUUUCAGAUCCAAGAACACCGUCAUUGCCACUGGUGGUUAUGGCCGCACAUACUUCAGCUGUACAUCAGCCCAUACGAGCACAGGAGACGGUAAUGCCAUGGUGACACGUGCGGGUCUGCCCUGCCAGGAUCUUGAAUUUGUUCAGUUCCACCCCACAGGUAUCUAUGGAGCCGGUUGCCUGAUCACAGAGGGUUGCCGUGGAGAGGGAGGAAUCUUAAUCAAUAGUGAAGGCGAGAGGUUCAUGGAACGUUAUGCGCCCAAUGCCAAAGAUUUGGCCUCUAGGGAUGUGGUCUCACGGUCCAUGACCAUUGAGAUCAGAGAAGGAAGAGGUGUUGGGCCAGAAAAAGACCACGUUUACCUGCAGCUCCAUCAUCUUCCGCCCCAGCAGCUCGCCGCUCGCCUGCCAGGCAUCUCCGAAACCGCCAUGAUCUUUGCUGGUGUGGACGUCACAAAAGAGCCCAUCCCAGUGUUACCCACCGUCCACUACAACAUGGGCGGCAUCCCCACCAACUACAAGGGACAGGUCAUCACCUAUAAGGACGGAGAGGAUAAGGUGGUGCCAGGCCUGUACGCCUGUGGCGAGGCCGGCUGUGCAUCGGUGCAUGGUGCCAACCGCCUUGGCGCCAACUCACUGCUGGAUCUCGUUGUGUUUGGACGCGCUUGUGCCCUGACUAUUGCGGAGACAAACACUCCAGGAGAGAAGCUUUCCCCUCUGAAACCCAAUGCAGGAGAGGCAUCGGUCUCCAAUCUGGACAAGGUCCGUUUUGCUAACGGCAGUACCAGGACCUCCGAAAUCAGGCUCAACAUGCAGAAGACCAUGCAGACUCACGCUGCCGUGUUCCGCACAGGAGACGUCCUGAAGGAGGGUUGUGAGAAGAUGGACUCCGUUUACAAGUCGAUGGAUGAUAUCAAGACAUUUGAUAGAGGCAUUGUGUGGAACACUGAUCUGGUGGAAACUCUGGAGCUGCAGAAUCUGAUGUUGAACGCAGUGCAGACAAUCGUCUCUGCCGAGGCCCGUAAAGAGAGCAGGGGCGCUCACGCUCGCGAGGACUUCAAGGACCGUGUGGAUGAGUACGACUAUUCCAAACCCCUGCAGGGACAAGUGAAGGUGCCUUAUGAACAGCACUGGAGGAAACACACACUGUCCUACGUGGAUCCCAAGACAGGAAAGGUUACUCUGGAAUACAGACCUGUGAUUGACAACUCUCUGAACGCUGAAGAAUGUGCUGCCAUUCCCCCUGCCAUCCGUUCCUAUUAAACACAUCCUGGUAUACUCUUGCUGACUCCGCCUUUGCUUAUUAUAGUCAGCCAAUAAAUAAAGGAAGGAAUAUCUUGUGUGUGAUGAGCUUCACAUUAUUUAAAUAUGAUCACAAUACCUGAAAUAUCAGAGCAAAUAACAAGCUUCAGUUGUCAGACUUCCUGUUAAAAGUUUCAACUGUUAUGUUAACAAGAACAGCUGUGUGAUGUUGCUUUAUAUUGUCUGAAACGCAUCCAUCACAUUUGUUCUACACCGUGCUGGCAAGUAAAUCAUUAAAUAUUUAAUACUUAAAUGUUGAAUGCUUGUCACAAUGCAGUCAAGAAGCACUUGCACCUUGGUGACUAUAGAUUUAAGUUGUUAGCUUCUUACUUUUGUGGUGAUAAUGCAAUGUCCGGUUUGUAUUUGACCUGGUGACAUUCGCUUCUCAAAUACUCAACUCGUCUGUAUGUAAAGCUUUGUACAUCUUGCAUGUUUUGUUUUGUAGGUUCUGGUUAAACUCAAUAAAGAUGAUCCCGACUAUAA